UGGUUAAUCACGAGGUCUGUUUCAGGGGAUGCCCUCAUUGCAUUGAAGGAUGCGCUGAAUGCUUCAACUGAUCAGCUUAAAAAUUGGAAUCAAAAUCAAGUGAAUCCAUGCACUUGGACCAAAGUUACCUGUGACUCCAACUAUAAUGUCACUCUUGUAUCAUUGUCCUCCAUGGGGUUUUCUGGAUCCUUGUCCCCUAAAAUAGGAGCUCUGAAUACCCUUCAAACACUUUCACUGCAAGGAAUUGGUAUAACUGGUGAGAUACCAAAAGAUUUCAGAAAUUUAACAAGCUUGACUAUGUUGGAUCUGGAUAAUAAUCAUUUAACUGGUUCUCUUGGCAAUCUCAAGAAUCUUCAAUUCUUUUCACUGCAAGGAAAUGAUAUAACUGGUGUGAUACCAAAAGAGUUCGGAAAUUUAACAAGCUUGACUAUGUUGGAGCUGGAUAAUAACCGUUUAACUGGUGAAAUACCAUCUUCUCUUGGCAAUCUCAAGAAUCUUCAAUUCUUGAUUUUGAAUCAAAACAAUCUCACGGGGCCUAUCCCUGACUCACUCUCAGGUCUUCCAAGGUUGAUUAAUCUUCAGCUUGCUUCAAAUGGUCUUAGUGGUCAAAUACCUGAGCAUUUAUUCCAAGUUCCAAAAUACAAUUUUACAGGAAAUCAUUUGAAUUGUGGCAUGAAUUUCACCCACCCUUGUGCAUCUGAUAGUGGCGGUUCUUCUCAUAAACCAAAGAUUGGAACUAAAGUUGCAAUUGUUGGUGGAGUUACAGGUUCUCUUAUUUUUGGAGGCCUGGUGUUACUUCUGUGGAAGGGCAGGUGUAAGGGAUACCGGCGUGAUGUCUUUGUAGAUGUUGCAGGUGAAGUUGACAGAAAAAUUGCAUUUGGCCAAUUAAAAAGAUUUUCUUGGAGGGAAUUACAGCUAGCUACGGACAACUUUAGUGAGAAAAAUGUCCUCGGACAGGGGGGCUUUGGAAAGGUUUAUAAAGGGGUGCUUUCAGACAAUUCAAAAGUUGCUGUGAAACGAUUGAUUGAUUAUGAGAGUCCUGGUGGAGAUGCAGCAUUUCAGCGUGAAGUUGAGAUGAUUAGUGUAGCUGUUCACAAGAAUCUUUUACGCUUGAUUGGGUUCUGCACAACACCAACAGAACGCCUUUUGGUGUAUCCCUUCAUGCAGAACUUAAGUGUUGCCUAUCGUUUACGAGAGAUUAAACCUGGGGAUCCUGUUUUAGAUUGGCCUACAAGAAAACGAGUGGCUUUAGGCACAGCUCGUGGGCUAGAGUACCUUCAUGAACAUUGUAAUCCCAAAAUAAUCCAUCGGGAUGUUAAGGCUGCUAAUGUGUUACUAGAUGAAGAUUUUGAAGCAGUUGUUGGUGACUUUGGCCUGGCAAAGUUAGUGGAUGUGAGAAGGACUAAUGUGACAACUCAAGUUCGUGGAACAAUGGGUCACAUAGCACCCGAGUACUUGUCCACUGGGAAGUCAUCAGAAAGGACAGAUGUUUUUGGUUAUGGGAUAAUGCUUUUGGAGCUUGUGACAGGUCAAAGGGCAAUAGACUUCUCACGCCUGGAAGAAGAAGAUGAUGUUUUAUUGCUUGACCAUGUUAAGAAACUGGAAAGGGAGAACAGACUGGAUGCCAUCGUAGAUCAGAACCUGACUGAGAACUACAACAUCCUAGAAGUAGAGAUGAUGAUCAAGGUUGCUUUACUCUGCACACAAGGAUCACCUGAGGACCGUCCUGCAAUGUCAGAUGUGGUUCGGAUGCUGGAAGGAGAGGGAUUGGCUGAAAGGUGGGAAGAAUGGCAGCAUGUAGAAGUUAAUCGUAGACAAGAGUACGAGAGACUACACAGAAGAUUUGAUUGGGGAGAGGAUUCAACUUACAAUCAAGAUGCUAUUGAGUUGUCUGGUGGAAGAUGACAUGAUACACAAUUUUGAACCAGUGAAGUAUAUAAUUUCUUUGUGAUUCUAGUAUUCCCUUUGUACGACAAGCAUUUCUCUUUGCUAAUAUGUAACAACAUUGCUGGUUCCAAUUUAUGGUUUUAGAAUUGAGUUUUUUAUUUUUUUGGGUCUAUGGUUGGGGGAUUGUAUGAAGAUGAAAGAAUUAUUUGUAUUGCUUUUGCCUAAGCACACAGAAGGCCUAGAUUUGACAUAAUACUUAAACCUCAUGUAUUAUUCAUUUGAAUUAAAAAGUGUUAGCAAUUAAUAAUUAA